AUGGGGUGGGAUCUGCCAAUUGAUGGGCUUCCUUCACCAGCUACAAGUCCUGGCCGUAAGUAUUUAGAAAGUGACUACAAAAUGAACAAUAGCUUUCUGUGCGAACCGGAGUGUGAGGCGCCAGAACCCCAUGCUGGGUACCAUACUAAUACUGAUUCUAGACAGGCUCCUAUUGACACACCCGUAGAAUUUCGCUAUGUAAAUGUUACAAAUCCGCGGCAAACAAGCAUAGAAACAGGCACAUUCACGGUUAACACCCCCUCUGUCCCAUGUAUUACGGAAUCCAUAAUUGAUGAUCAGGAGCUGGAGGGCCCCGCUGUUUGGCAGAAAAAGCAGCACGUAGGUAUUCACUCAAGUUGUGGCAGCGACGAUGAUCUGUCUUUGAAGAAACCUGAUCAACCAAAGAUGAUCAAGCCAGACUACACGUAUCAGACCAUGUCGUCUAACUUGCCUAAGAUACCCACGGACGAGGAGCUGAACACGCUGAUAGCUACAGAGACACACAAAACCAAUAUUCCUAAAAAGCGCCCUGUAAGCAAUUUUGCCAAGACUGUUGAGAAAAAGGCACAAUUGGCCCCUAAAUCUGGCGUAGGAAGGGACGUAAUAAUGCGGAAACUUGGAGCCCUUCUUACAGACACUCCAAGCGACGUUCCAGUUUACUCUAUGGACGACAAGACUCUAGUUGCUCUCACCGAACAAGCUCUAAUGAGCUUCAGUGACUCUCUUUAUAAGUGGUAA